GGGGAUGGUGGGGCAAAAGCCGAGAGUAGUCGAGGUGAGCGCGCUGUUGACUGAGGUCUGUGUGCGUUCGGGCUUCCCGGGCUCGUCAGUGCAGGUGGACGUGGUGCAGGCGUUGGCGCAAGCGGGGCAUGUCAAAGGCCGGCGGAUCUACGACAGCAUCGCUGGCACGCUGCAGAUCUACCAAAAAGGCUCCACGGACGCGUUCCAGCAGGGCACCCGGGACCUCUCGAGCGUGGAAUCCAGCGACUAUGUGGACGGUAUGUCGGUGACCAUCGGCGCGCCCAGGACACACAUCUUCACCCUGGCCCUGGGCACCUCCUACGACACCGCCCUUGGCACAGCUGGCAUGUGCCCCUGCGGUGUGGAGACCCAAAGUGUCCAGUGUGGGGGUGAUCCGGUCCCAGCCUUCCUCUCGGGGGAGGAGCACCUCUGCGACAGCGGCACGGUGGGCUCGGCGAGCCUCGCCUGGGGCGCGCGCCUGGUGAGCGCCGGCUUCGGCCCGACAGCGCUGGGUGCCACGACGCAGACGCUGGAGG